AUGAAAUUUCAAGAAUGCUUUUGGUGUAUUAUUUAUGCACUUAUAUUUUUUGGUUUUAUAUUCAAAUGGUAUUAUGAAUAUCAACAUCGAAUAGAGUUUUUUUCCGUAUUAAUUGAAGGAGAAGAAAAUAAAAAUGUUAAAAACUUUUCCAUACAAAAGAAUUUUUCAAUAUCAAAUCCACUUUUGAAAUAUAUUCAACGAUGUCCUGAAUGCUUUUUAUUUUUAUUAACAAAAAAAAAUCUAUCAGAAGAUGCAUUUAUUUUCGAUGUUCUUAAUCAAAUUACGAUUAAUUCAGAAGCCAUAUUCUAUCCAUUAACAAUGAAACUAUAUUAUAAUAAACCUAUACCAUAUUACACUAUUUUAUCUAAUAAUCCAGCCGAGUUAACCAUAAGGAUUCGAAAUUAUUGGAUAGAUUAUAUAAAAAAUUUCAAUAAUAUUAAACAACAUUCAAUUCUUUAUUUCAUUCUUCAAUCAUUACAAAAACCAGUUGAAACAAUGAAUCAUGCAUGGCCAAAUAAAACAAAAUUAAUUCUUUACUAUACAAAAUUUUUCGGUAACAAGUAUUGGUAUAAUGCAAAUGAACAAAAUGUUUAUGCAAAUGAUUUGAAUCUAAAUAAUUGUCCUAUAUCAGUGAAUGCAUGUUAUGUUACAAUUGAUCAUAAACUAUUUUCUCAAAGUGAUGCAUCACUUAUUCAUGUUCGAGAAUCAAUUGAUUAUCAAAAAUUAGAAAAGAUAACCCGUCGACCCGAACAACGAUUCGUUUUCUUUUUAAAAGAAUCUCCUAUGCAUUCACCGAAAUUAUCUUCGGGACAACAUGGCCGAGUAUUUAAUUAUACUCAAACAUAUAGACCUGAUUCAGACGUAACAGCAACAACAUUGCGAAACCUUUUUUGGUUAUUCAAUUAUAAAAUCUAUCCAAAUUAUGAUUUUAAUUCCAUCAUAGAAACGAAAGUAUCAGGCAAAAUUCUUGUUGCAAUCAUCUCGAAUUGUGGUGCUUCAAGUAAUCGUUUAAAAUAUAUUGAUGAAUUAAAAAAAUACAUAUCAGUAGAUGUUUAUGGUAAAUGUGGAAAAUCAUGUUCUCACGUUCGUGAUUGUCGUCAGUAUGCUUAUACAACCUAUAAGUUUUAUCUAGCGUUUGAAAAUAGUUUAUGUGAUGAAUAUGUAACAGAAAAAUUCUUUCUCUCACUGGAAAGUGCACGAAUUGUACCUGUUGUACUUGGUAAGGCACGUUAUGAUCAUUACAUUCCAUCAUCAGGAUAUAUUGAUGUACGAAAUUUCUCAACACCACGUCAACUUGCUGUCUAUAUUGAUUAUCUUGAUAAAAAUACAACAGCUUAUUUGGAAUAUUUUCAAUGGCGGCAAUACGCAAUUCAUAUCAAAAUUCCUAAAUAUAUAUGUGAACUUUGUUUAAAAUUAUUUCUUGAUGAUAGAGAUCAUAAAAAGCAAUCCUUACAGAGCAUUGAUCAAUAUUGGAAUAGGAAAACACAAUGCCAUACAUAUGGGAAAGAUCAGACUGCUAAAACAACCUCAUUAUUCAUGGCUGAGAAUUCUGUUUACGAUGAUGAUUCUGAAAUCGAUUCGUUGAAUGCUGACUCGACAACAAUGGAUAUUUAUGAUGAUGUAACUGUAUCGACUGAUAGUUCAACAUUAAUUUUUAACUUAUGUAAUAAUAUGGCAAAGAGAAUAAAAGAUCAAGCAGUUAAUACUAUUGAACACACCAUCGUUGAUACGAGUUCAAAAACAUGA